AAUCUGCUGAUUUGAGGAAACAAAAGUGAAAGCAAAAUAAGAAUCUAAACUAUCCCUGCAGCAGAGCUCUGGUUUCUGCAGGUCUGGUGAAUCUGGCGGCAGAACCAUGUCUGGAAUCAGAAAGAAACUGGAGGACGCCUUGAGGUGCUACGUCACAGACAUUCUCACCGACAUCCAGACGGUCAGAGAUUUCUGUGAGAAGUUCUCCAAAUGGAUGCUGUGGAGGGAAACUGAGCUGGAAAGGAUAAGGGACAUCAAAAAGAGGGCGGACAAAGUCAAGGUAAAACAGUCCACAGAGCUGGAGAAGGAGCUGGAGGAGGUGCUGAUGGACACUCUUGGAGGUUUGGAGACACUCCAGUGCUUCCUGGACGCCAUAGAGAAGCUGGCGGUCAGCUCUGUGCACGUGUUCAUGGAGAACCAGGUGAUCCAGCUUCCUGAAAACAUCGGCUUUGAUUACGUUCAGGUCAUCAUCAACACUGCAAAACUCAUCUGCCCUCUCCUGCUGGAGUUUAAAAGAGAUGCGAGCGUUUUCUUCCUUCCCAAAAUGCAAAAUGCUGAGGUGCUGGCAUAUCAGCUGGACAGAUACAUCCAGACCACAAAGAAGAUGUGUGAGAAGAUGGAGAAAAGCUGUCUGAAUGAUGGCUGCCUGACGGAGACAGAAGUUGUGGUGGAGCUGGAUGUGGAUUUGUCUGAAUUUAACAUGCAGAGGAUGCUGGACCACAUCAACCAGCUUAAAGACAUACGGAUGGACCUGGACUUCCGGAUGGUGUUCUUGUUCCAGGAAGAAUCUGGUUCCAGCUUCAUGAAGGAGUUUAGUGAGCGUCAGCCCAGGAUGCUGCAGUUUCUUAAGGAGUUGGAGGAAAAUGCUGUUCAGCUGGACAGGAUGAACAAAGGUGCAAAGAUCUCAAGUGUUGUUGGCAGCUCGGUGGGGGCGGUUGGAGGUGUGCUGUCCAUUGUUGGUUUGGCGUUGAUACCUGUGACAGCAGGAGUGUCCUUAGCACUCACCAUGACAGGCAUAGGGAUGGGCGUCACCAGUGGUGUCAACAGUAUCGUCACUACGGCCACUGAGUUGGGGGUCAACUGGACGCACCAGAAGAAAGCCAGUGAAGUCUUCCAGAGCUUCAUGGAGGAUGUGACCAAACUACAGGACUGUCUGGAGGAGGCGAGCAACAGAGAAAUCUCCAAACCGGAACCUAGUAGCAUAGAAUUAGCUGUGGGAGUCGGAAAACUGGCUUUCAAAGCUGGAGGUGUCUGUAAAAGCAUUGACAAAAUUGUUGAUUUAGCUUCUACAGCUAAGCUGUUAAAAAGUGAGGAGUUGGUUUCAAGUGCAAGUAAAGCGGUGGCUCAGGAAGCAGCAGCUCUCCGUAGCGUUUCCAGAGUGGCUUCAGACGUCCCUGACAUCGGUCAGGCAGCUGUGAAAAGCUCUCUGGCUUUGUCCAAGUCGGCCAGAGCCGGCUUAAUUGCAGUCAACGCCCUCUUCCUCGGCAUGGACCUCUUCUUCAUCUGUAAAGACAGCAUCAGCCUGGCCAAAGGCAGCGAGACGGAGGUGUCACAAUUUAUCAGAGCCAGAGCUGCUCUGUGGAGCUCAGAGAUGGACUCCUGGAAGAAAAUCCACGACUCGCUGUGUGACGGCCAGCAGACAUCAGGGAAGAAGGAAGCUCUUCUGGAGACACCAUUUUACUUCAACACUUAUGUGACACGAUAUCAGUUCUAUUUUUUCUUCCUCAUUCUUGUGUUUUUCUGUGCGGGUUGGCUGUGGCUGUCCAUGUAGUGGCAUACAGCUGCCUACACUUUAGGUUAAUUUGUUUGAGCUGUAUUGAAGUGGUUCUGUUUCUGCUUUCUGUGUCGGAGUAUUGCUUAUUUUUAGGUUCUAGCUCCAGCACAUCUUGAUUAAUUGGUAUUCUGGGGCCUCAUUUAUAAACGUUGCGUACGCACAAAAGAAGGCGUACGCCACUCUCUACGCAAUAGUUGAGAUUUAUAAAAAGCAAACUUG